GCAUCAGUAUCAGCAUCAGCAGCGUCCCUGGAUAUCCACACACAGCAUGGGGCUCUGCAGCACCCUCACCUGCCUGCUCUUUCUCACACUCCCCUGGCAGCACUCUGCAGAGCAAGUUAUUCUACUGGAUUCCAAAGAAUCACAAGCAGAACUGGGCUGGACUUCACACCCACCUAAUGGAUGGGAAGAAAUCAGUGGUGUUGAUGAGAACUACAAACCAAUUCGUACAUACCAGGUCUGCAAUGUGAUGGAGCCAAACCAAAACAAUUGGCUGCAGACAGGCUGGAUUUUAAGACGGAAUGGCCAAAGGAUCUUUGUUGAGCUGAAAUUUACACUAAGAGAUUGUAAUAGCAUUCCCGGGGUGGUCGGGACAUGCAAGGAGACCUUUAACCUUUACUACAUUGAAUCUGAUUACGACCUAGGAAGAAACAUUAAAGAGAGCAAGUAUGUCAAGAUUGAUACCAUAGCAGCUGAUGAGAGCUUCACACAAGGCGAUCUGGGAGAGCGUAAAAUGAAACUGAAUACAGAAGUCAGGGAGAUUGGGCACCUUAACAAGAGAGGCUUUCACCUGGGAUUUCAGGAUGUUGGAGCUUGUGUUGCCCUUGUCUCUGUACGUGUCUAUUAUAAAAAGUGCCUGUCCACUGUGCAGAACCUGGCGGUAUUUCCGGACACUGUUGCAGAGGCUGCUUUCUCAACUCUUGUGGAAGUAAGGGGAACUUGUGUGAAUAACUCUGAAGUAGACCUUGAUAAUCCUCCCAGGAUGCACUGCAGUGCAGAGGGUGAAUGGCUCGUCCCUAUUGGAAAAUGUACUUGUAGUGCUGGAUUUGAAGAGAUAGAGGGUAGCUGCACAGCUUGUCCACCUGGCUUUUACAAGAUGUCCAGUAGACUCCAGCUUUGUGUCCCCUGUCCUCAACAUAGUUACACAAACCAAGAGUCGUCCACUGUCUGCCCCUGUGAAAGAAACUACUUUCGCUCACCACUGGACUCUCCCUCCACUUCAUGUACAAGACCACCAUCAGCUCCAAGAAAUUUGGUUUAUAGCAUGAAGCAAACAACAUUGAUUCUAGAAUGGAACACUCCAGUGGACACAGGAGGGAGGGGUGAUAUUACCUAUAAUAUCUUCUGUGACAAAUGUUCUGUGGCCUUCCAGCAGUGUGAGGCCUGCGGCAGCAGCAUUGGCUAUGUGCCUCAGCAAACUGGAUUAGUUGAUCGAACUGUUACCUUGGUGAAUUUAUUCCCACAUGUUAACUACACAAUUCGGGUGGAGUCUGUGAACGGAGUAUCUGAUUUUAGCCUGUAUGCCAACGAGUUUGCUGAAAUCAACAUCUCCACUGGCAAUGCAGCUUUGUCAUUGAUCACUGACAUCCGUGCCGACAAAAUUGACCAGAAAAGAAUCACUUUAUCAUGGCAGGAGCCAGCUUUCCCAUUCAUAAACAACACAGAAUAUGAGAUCAAGUACUAUGAAAAGGAUCAAAGGGACCAGAGUUACUCCACAGUGAAAACACCUAUGAACACGGUGACUGUUUAUAAUUUAAAGCCUGGCACUGUUUAUGUGUUCCAGAUCCGAACAUCUUCCUCACAAGACUUCGGAAGCUAUAGUCCUACUAUUGAAUUGGAAACACUUGGAGAAUUGGCUCUGGUUUCAACUGAACAGAAUCCACUCAUCAUCAUAGUAAUUGUUUCUGUGGCUGGAUUUAUUGUGCUGCUGUCCAUGGUGGUUGGACUCAUGAUAUGGAGAAGGCAAUGCGGCUACAGCAAGGCAAGUCAAGAUGGUGAUGAGGAGCUGUAUUUUCACUUCAAAAUACCCACAAGAAGAACUUACAUAGACCCGGACACUUGUGAAGAUCCAAUGCAAGCAGUUCACCUUUUUGCAAAGGAGCUGGACAAUUCCUGCAUAAAGAUCGAAAGAAUACUUGGAACAGGAGAAUAUGGGGAGGUAUGCAAAGGAUGUCUAAAACUCCCAAGUAAGAGAGAACUUCCUGUUGCUAUUCAGACCCUGAGAGCAGGUUGUUCAGAAAAACAAAAGCGAUCAUUUUUGGCCGAGGCUAGUAUAAUGGGUCAGUUUGACCAUCCCAAUAUCAUUCGUCUUGAAGGAGUCAUAACCCGAGGGAACACUAUGAUGACUGUAAUGGAAUAUUUAGGCAAUGGAGUUCUAGAUUCUUUCGUACGGAAGAAUGAAGGACAAUUGACAGUUCCUCAGCUGAUAGGAAUGCUUACUGGUAUUGCCUCUGGAAUGAAGUAUCUCACAGAAAUGAGUUAUAUACACAAGUCCCUUGCUGCACAUAAGAUACUAGUAAACUGCAACCUUGUCUGCAAAAUAUCUGGAUUUCGACAGAUGCAAGAAGAUAAACUUGAUACAAUCUUCUCCACUAUGGGUGGAAAGCGUACAGUUCUAUGGACAGCACCAGAGGCGAUUCAGUAUCAUCGAUACAGUACUGCCAGUGAUGUUUGGGGUUUUGGAAUAGUCAUGUGGGAAGUCAUGUCUUAUGGAGAAAGGCCUUACUGGGACAUGUCCAAUCAGGAUGUCAUCAAAGCUAUAGAAGAUGGUUUUCGCCUCCCAGCACCAAUCAAUUGCCCCCCUUACCUCCAUCAGCUGAUGCUUGAUUGCUGGCAGAAGGACAGAAAUGAAAGACCAAAAUUUACUCACAUCCACAAUAUUCUAAAUAAACAUGGACAGAGUCCAGAUAAAAGUAAAUCUACAACAUCAACAAUAAACAGAUCACAGAGCACAUCCAUCCCAUUAAUUGAAAGAACAUUCACAACGUUCCCCUCCUUCAACUCUGUGGGAGAGUGGCUGGAGGCCAUCGAGAUGGAGAGGUAUAAAGAUAACUUCACUGCUGCAGGAUAUGGCUACUUGGAGUCUGUGGCCAGAAUGACAGUUCAGGAUGUCAUGAGUUUAGGAAUCAACUCUGUGGAGCACCAGAAGACAAUCCUUAGUGGUAUCCAGACCUUGCGGGCCCAGGUUAUACAGAUGCAUGGGAGAGGAGUACAGGUGUGAUAUUGGCAGAAUUGGGACCAAGUCUGGAACUCGAAACUCAAAGGAAGAGCAAUGCAGGCCCUCAGAUCUGGUCAAGACAUGGGAAAGGUUAAAUAUAAUGAGCUGGUAAAGGAAAAUGGAAUUACAACAGAGCCCAAAUCUGCUUAAAAUCCCUGCAAUCAGUGGCAAUCUCCCUCGCUGCGGCUGCUGCCAUGUCAUUUUCCAAGGAGGAAGACAGACCAGAUAAAGGCGAAGAUUUUGUAUCCCUUCAUAUGGAGGGAGUUGGAUGUGGAUUUAUGAUAUUAAUACUGAGCAGAUGUAGACUGCAUAAUAGGGCAGAUUGUAGUGGUCUUCAGCCCAGUUGUCCGUAAAAUGCAUACUGUGGGCAUACAGGGUGAGCAGAAAAAAUGUGCACUUGUUUUUAUAUGGGGUACAUGUUGUAAUGUUUUGGUGCCAACUACCCCAUUAAGUACUUACGUAUUUUUCUAACAGCAAAAAUAGUAGUAUUGACUCCCAGAAUUUGCUUUUAUUUUUGCAAAAUGUAAAAAAAAAAAAAAGCAAAAAAAAUACUUUUUUUUCUACCAGAUAGAGGUGUUGACGUGAUAAGUGUUUGGAGCUUGAAUGUUCUCAUACAUUGAUAAGCAUUUUUCUUUCUGGCAUGAAAUGAUUGCGAUUGUCUCUCCUUAUGUGGUGCAAAUGGGAUGAAGCUGUUGUGGUGCAAUUGGUCUCUAAAUUAGAGCUCACUGCAAGCAACUGCUUAUUCUGCCAACAAUUUUCAACAAAAGAAAUUGUGACAUGAAAACACAUGCAGCCAGCUUAGGCUUCAUAUAAUAUACCAGUAGGUGCACAUCUUAGUUCUAAAUCUAUAUACUCAUCAAGAAAUCAUGCAUUGUAGUAUACGUGGUAGCCAGUUUAGCAUGGUCUAUAGUACAACUUGUAUCCAGUGAUAUCCCACACAAAUUAUAUUUAACCCUUAUAGACAGAUCUACUUUUCAGAUUUUAAUAUUUUAAGCUUUUAAGGUUGUUAGGAGCAGAUAAAGGGCCAGUGACCACAAAAAAGUGCUUUGCUUUGAAUGGUUAUGGGGCAGUUUAUUUUAUGAGAGUAGCAAAUUAAUUUUACCAAUAACAUUAAAGACAAGCAUAGACAUUACAAACAAGCGCUGCUUUAAAAAUUAUGCAAUACUGCCACUGAAUGCAGAACGCCCCACAGAAAAGAAACAAAUAUGGCACUAAAAGCAGUCGAAUCAGUUCUGAAUGGCCCAUUUAAUCAGAAGAUAAAGCAUUUGAUUAGUGUAUAUUCAUUCUGAUUUUGAUAAAUCUGCCCCUAUAUCUGUCGGUCCAGUAACUGCAAAUAAAAUGAUUAUGUAUUACUGUAUGUAUGUAGAAAGCCUAAAUUACAUUUAACCCUGACUAAUUAUUUUAAUUGCUAUGCAAAGUGGGCCAUAUGGCUGCCUCCACUACUGCAAAACAGCUAAUUUAUAAAAAUAUUAUUAGACACGUCUGCUUUAAAAGUUUAACAAUUCUGAGGCAAUAAUACACGCAACUUCAUCUUUUUGGUGUUGUAACUAUAGCAGUUUUAUACCAGUAUAUCAUGACAGAUGUUUGAGCUUUAGGCUGUACCUUGUUCUAACAUUUUUGUUUUACAAGGAAUUUUAUAUACAGGCAUAUAUUAGGCAAGUCAAACCUCCCUGUCUAACUUAAGGGGGUGUGAUUUAUGCAGUUCGCAUUGUGUGCUUGAUAGUUGGGCAGCAGAGUUAGUGAAUGGCUGAAAAGCUUUAAUCUUUCAAUCAGUUUAACUGAAAUUUAAUUUACACAACCAUAGCCCUGUAGCAAGGAAGAUCUGUGCCUCCAUAUAUGACCCUAGUAGCUCCCCAUCUUCUUUUCUGC